AUGCAAGGCAUUGGUAUAAAAGACAAUCGUGGUGGGGACAGGAAGUCCAAGAAAAAUGCACUCAAACUAGAAAGUGUCAUGAAGUUUGUAUCGUCUUUGAGGGGUCAUGAAAGCCACUAUGGUAGAGGCAAGUCUAGAAGAAUCUAUUUGUCAUCUGAAUUAAACAUAAAAAAACUCUGGAAGAUGUAUAAUCAUCAAGUUCAAGAUGAUUCACUCCAAACAAACUACAAGUACUUUAGCAGAAUUUUCAGCAAUAAGUUUAAUAUAGGUGGGUAG